GAUGAUCAGACCGACUCCAGCCUUUCUGCGUUACAGACGCGCGUCUUCCUGGAGCUGAUCAUCGGUGAUCGCGGUGUUUGUGCGCAGAGAGAGAGAGAGAGAGAGAGAGAGAGGCGGCAGGGACAGCGUUCUGGUUGGUAAAUGAAUCCCAGACGGAGAUCAGACAGCGGAUGUAGGAGGAGGAGGACACGAGAAGGACGGGGGUGUUCUGUGAUUCCUGAUCUGGAAUAAAACAGCGAAGACGUGGAUAAACACUGACAUCUCUCCACUCUGUAGAAAUGGAGAAGCUCACAUCAUCCUCAGGAACCUUCCAUCCUUCCAUUCUCUAGCUGCUGAUGGAAACCAUCACGCUGGAUUUAUCCAAGGAUUCAUUCACAGCAUGGGAUUCUUUCCUCUUGUCUGGAGCUAAACUAAGUAAAUGUCCUUAGAUGCCACCAAUUCACCGAAUCCAUCCAUCCAUCCAUCCAUCCAUCCAUCCACCCACCCAUCCAUCCUUCCGGUCGUCUCUUCAGCUCCGAUAGUGCACCCGUUCUUUCUAUCUGUUCGUCAAAAGUGAUGCUGGUCCACAUGACGCCUCUGCAUCUGGCUCUCUACUUUUUUAAACCAGGCGUUUGUUGAGAAACGACACAAGACCUGCAGACAUGCAUCUGGGACUGGACGAGAGCCGGGAAUGUCAGUACAAUCAGAUCUGCACCCAUCAUAACUCCUCUUCCAUGGAAAGCCAGCACACCAAGAAGAGGAGAGUGAAGAGAAAGUGGCAGGUCUUCCCAGGCCGGAACAAGUUCUACUGCGAUGGCCGGAUCAUGAUGGCAAAGCAGUCCGGUGUGUUCUAUCUCACCAUGGCGCUGAUCCUCGUGACCAGCGGGCUGUUCUUCACAUUCGACUGUCCAUUCCUGGCCUCUAACCUGAGCCCGGCCAUCCCAGCCAUCGGUGGUGUGCUCUUCCUCUUUGUUAUGGUCAUGCUGCUCCGAGCGAGCUUCAGCGAUCCCGGUGUUCUGCCCCGCGCCACUCCAGACGAGGCAGCCGACGUAGAAAGACAGAUAGACGCAGCUAACGGAGUGAGCGGUGCAAGCUCACGGCCUCCUCCCAGGACCAGAGAGGUGCUAAUCAACGGGCAGACGGUCAAAUUGAAAUACUGCUUCACCUGCAAAAUCUUCAGACCACCAAGAGCCUCACACUGCAGCCUGUGUGACAACUGCGUGGAGCGUUUUGACCACCACUGCCCCUGGGUAGGCAACUGCGUGGGAAAGCGAAACUACCGCUAUUUCUACCUGUUCAUCCUCUCACUCUCCUUCCUCACCAUCUUUAUCUUCGCCUUCGUCAUCACCCACGUCAUUCUGAGAUCCAACCGGACCGGGUUUCUCAGCGCACUCAAAGACAGCCCCGCCAGUGUUCUGGAGGUGGUCGUAUGUUUUUUCUCCAUCUGGUCCAUCGUGGGUUUGUCGGGUUUCCACACUUACCUGAUCAGCUCCAACCUGACCACAAAUGAGGACAUUAAAGGUUCUUGGUCCUCCAAGCGAAGCAAAGACAACUACAACCCCUACAGCUACGGCAACAUCCUCACCAACUGCUGCGCUGCUCUGUGUAGCCCGUUACCGCCCAGUUUGAUUGACAGGAGAGGUCUUGUAGAACCGGACACCCCUCAGCCAACGGCUCAGUCAAACGGGACCAACACCUGUCCUACGACUCAGCUCCAGAGCCACAUGUGUCAUCAGGACCAGUGCAUCCAGAGCACCAAAUUCGUCCUGCAGGCCGCCACCACGCCUCUCCUCCACGUCCAGCCGGUGCUGCUGAGCGGGGGCGCCGUGCUGCAGGUCAAACCGUCAGUGGGCGUGCCGUGCUCCCUUCACCCCUCGCUGCCCUCCUCCACCACCAGUCUGGGCUGCGGGGGCGAGCUUCUGGCUUUACACGACCCCGAGAGCCUCUGCCACCACCACCAGCUCAGCCACGAGGCCUUCGCCAGCCCCGAGGAGAUGCCCUCCCCUGUCAUGGCACUACCCUGCACCGCCCACCUGGCCCAGCUGUACGACCCGGCCAGCCAGGACUCGCUGCACGAGGAUUCAGUACGCGGCCUGGUGAAGCUCAGCUCCGUGUGACGAACCCGGAACGCACACAGAGCCAAAAGCCAUAGUUUGAUCUUUAUAGGAUGAGGACGCACUUCCUGUGACAGUUUUACUUUUUCAGCCUCAACAACAAAAAACAAAAAGAAAAAGAAAAAAAAAUGAACCAAGAGCAGUCUUCCAGCUCUUCCAGUCUACACAUUAAGUACGCCUCAAAGUAAAAUCUGUAUUAAAUGGACCACACGUUAUCGACAUACUGAAAACAGACGGUAUCUUAGCAAGGGAAAAUAUCUUGGAUAAAGGCAAAUAGAUCUAAUAUUUCCGAUCAUGACACUAACAGACAUGAUUACUAAGCCGAGAUCAAUCAAUCUAUCUGAAUGAUUUUCUUUUCAUAGGACUUAUUGCUCCACUGAUUUAUUUUGAUCUGAUAAAUUUGAACAAAAUGACUAGAAAAAUGCUAAACCGUCAUCAUCAUCAUCAUCAUCAUCAUCGACCAAAACACAGUAUUGGUGCUGAUUUUAUUUUGUUCUUUUUAUGUUAUACAUAUAAUACAGAAAAUGUGUAAUUGCCAAAGAAGAAACUUCUGAAGUUUAUACAACAUUAAAGUAAUCAAUCUUGCUUCCCUAAAACUUUAGGGAAAAAAAUGCACAUUGAUGACACAUUUUACAGUGUCUCGCUUCAAACAAUAAUCAUUUCAAAUGCUAAUUAUUUACAUUUCUUCAUGAGUACUCAUGUUAAUUGGUGUAAGCUUGUAGAAGCAUAUGAAAACUUUGUAAAAAUUGUUACUUAAAUUAAAGCAUCCCGUUUUUUAAAAAGAUUGAAAGCAAACAAAAAAAUCUGUAGUGUCCGUAACCAUGUCAAAUUCAUGUUGCAAUAUUUUAACAAUGUUGCAUUUUACACUUAUAAUACACUUUUUCAGGUUUAUGUCUUUUCAUGGGGAAUCUAAAUCGGGCAGCGUUUCAUCUGAAUGACAGUUAAGAUCGUUGAAAGAUUUGAAUUCGAAAAAGUUCCGGACACUAAAACAUAAAAGGGCAUGAAACUCUUUUAAGCAAAUGUGUUUCUGUUUAUUUGACAAAAAUAUAAAUGCGUACGUAUAUUUACAAAAAAUGAAGCAUGGAUCGGGAGAUAUUAGACAUAAGCAUUAAGUGUUAUAAAAAUUGGUGUUAUAUGAUCCUAUCUGACAAUUUUCACUUUUUAGCACCAGUACCAUGUUUUGGCUGAAUAUAUUUACUUUAUCGUGAUAUGAUGAUAAAUAUUACACCACUGAUAAAUUCUUGACUUUAAUUGAUGAGAAACUGCACAAGGCAAAUCACAAGUUUAUCUUACUGCAAUUGUUAUCACGAGCCAUCGUUUCUAUGGUAACGGCUAAUUGACAGGGAAACAACCCCUAACCCAAGACUAACAAUUAACACAUUAAACAGAUUAACAAUCACGUUUUAACUCCUGUAUCAUCAUUGAUGAUGAGCCGUUAUUUGGCGAUGAGACGUUUAUUUAACCUUCAUAAAUACGUUCCACAACAUGUACGAUGUAACAGAUAUAAACAGAGAAAAAUCAUCAGGAUUAGCAUAUUGUUGCGCUAUGGGAGGGACAAAACAUUUCAAAUGUGCCGGUAUCGGAAAUAAAUCUAUUGAAUAACUUGUGUUGUGAAAUUAAACUCGGCUUCGUAUCAGGACGCAUCAAACCAGCACAUUUUUCUCUGCAUGGCUUUGCGGCGAGUUUUCUUCCUUGAACAGAUAAAUGAACCUUUAUUCAAGAUAUUUUCACAUAUUAAGAUAUUAUUUUUGCAGUACAUGUAGAGAAAACAACAAAAAGAAACAUGCAUAGCGUACUUGUGUCAUCGAGAAAGCAAGAUGUUCGACUAUAGCACUUAAAUGUGUUCAUGAGCUCGGGAAGAACUACGUCUCUCUCCUCCACUCGCAGUCCAUAAUUCAGAUGGUGGAUGUUUUCUAGAGCUAAACAUAAAAAAAAAGAAGAAAAAAAACACUAAAAAAACAACUGUUGGUGUAAAUGCAAUCUCACUGCCUUUUGACAUCUCUCUGGGCUUCUGUCGACGAUCGCGUUCUGGCAAUACGGCAAUACGACAGCGGGCUUGUUAACUUGGGUGAUUAUAUUGCAUCAGAUCUUUUUGAUAUGUCUGAAUCACACAUUAUGGUGAUGUGAUUUUCUGUGCCAAAUACAAGUCCAAUAAUUUUCCCAUUGUAGAGGUGAUAAUCUUGUCAAUAAAUUUGCAAGUUUGUAUGGAAUCGACGGUUUUGUCUGCAAGCAGCUUAAAUGAUUCUGAAAAUGCCUCGUCCAUGACACCGUGUACACAUUAUUGUAUUACUUUAAUAAUAGAAAAUGAAGGAUUUUCCAGUAUAAUUUCCAAACACUGCAUGUCUACAUGUUAUAAUCAGAUAUAAUCUUUGAAGAACAUUCAAAUAGCACUGAUUAGAGAAAACUUGCAUUACAAUCUAAAGCAGCAGUGAGAAUAUCAACA